UCCGGGAGGGAGCCCUGGGCGUGCCGCUGUGUCUGGACGUGGUUUCACUUUUGGGUCCGGACAUCUCCUGGCCACGCGAGCUUUCCUGUGGGCCCCUGAGCAGAGCAGGCGUUAAGACCCCUUUCACAGCGCUGACAAGCUUCCUUGCUUCCUGGACAUAGCAGCACCGGCACUGCACUGGUCCUCAGGAGAAUGCCUUCGGCCUUUGAGAGUGUGGUCCGGAGUGUGGUCCAGGAGCUGGACCCCAGGAGAGAGCUCAUCCCAGUGGACAGCCUUCAGAACUCUACCAGCUUCCGGCCCUAUUCCCUGCUGAGAAGGAAGCCCCCCAGCUCGUGGUUCUGGAAACCCCGUUACUCAUGUGUCGACCUAUCAAUCAAAGACAUCUUGGAUCCCGAUGCCCCAGAACCAGAUUUGGAACAUGGUAACACCUUCCACUUCUAUGAUAACACGGACGGGAAGGUGCAGGGCAACAUGGAGGUGGCAGUCCCAGGACAAGGGAAGAUCGCAGGUGGGGCCGCAGUGUCUGGCAGCUCCAGCACCUCAGUGAACGUGUGCACCCUGAGUGUGGGCUCGAAUACCUGGGUUCACAUGCUGCAGGAGAGGCGCCUGCGGCAGCCCGAGCACAAAAUUCUGCAGCAGCUUCGGAGUUGCAGGGACGAUGUGUAUGUGGUGACGAAGGUGCUACAGACACAAGAGGAGGUGGAGGUCACCCAUACGCGCAAGCGGGAGGGCUCAGGCCAGUGUGCUGUGCCUGGAGCCAUGUGCUUGAAGGGUGAUGGUGAGGGCCACUUGAGCCGGGAGAAUAAGGUCACCAUCCCUGCAGGCAGCAUCCUCGCAUUCCAAGUGGCCCAGCUGGUCAUUGACUCUAACUGGGACAUCUUUUUCUUCGCGGAUGAGAAACGGAGGACCUUCCCGCCACCUCCCACAGAAGGCCAGUCACAGCAUCCCUUCAGCCUCUCCUCACUGUUGGGGCUCAUCCAUGAGCGCUUCAAGCUCUGGACAGAUGGGGCCUCUGAGGAGUUGGUGGUCACAGAAGACUUCCAAGGCCUGCGGACAGAGGUGGAGGCUGGCUCUGCAGAACUGCAGAAGCUGGAGAGGGAGCUGAGGCUGCAGCUGCUGCUGAACCUGGGGGAGAUCCUGUGUGACCCCUCAGCCCUACAGGACUUAGAGACUUUGCUGGCACAGGGCCUGUGUGGUGCCACGCAGGUGAAGUCUCUGUGUGGUCCAGCAGGUGACAUCCUUGGAUGCCUGGUGCAGUCCUCCGGGGUGCUGGUGCAGGCACUCGCUGCCCCUGUCUUUUACCUGCUGGGGGCACUGACUGCACUGAGUGAAACCCAGCAACAGCUGCUGGCUAAGGUGUUGGACAGAGGGGACUUGUCAACACAACUUGAGCUGGUGCACCACCUCUUGGAACAAAGCACCCCAUGGCAAGAGCAGAGGGAUGUGUCCCUGCCUCCCAAGCUCCUUGAGAGUAACUGGGGAGAGGAGGCACCAGGCUGGACCUUGCUGGAGGAAUGUGGCCUGCGGCUGCAGGUGGACGCCCCCCAGGUACACUGGGAGCCAGAAGCCCAGGGCCCCACCUGUGCACUUUAUGCUUCCCUGGCACUGCUGUCAGGACUGAGCCGAGAGUCCUGCUAACCUGUGCCCACACUCUAGCAGCUCCCCGAAGGCCAAGAGUCCAACUCAACUGCAGGGCCAGUUCAUCAUGAUACCCUGAGGCUGGGGAAACUCAAUAAAUGUGAUAUACAUGUGUCCCUUUGGUAGCACAUAUAAUACAUGUGCAAUGGAAAGAA